UGCGUGCGCGCUUCCGACGCUUUGUUUAUUAUUUGCUUUAUCGCCAUCGUGAAGUGGCGGCUGGCCCUAUUAGCGAUAAGUAGGCUGUGUGUUCCCGGCAUCGUCGUCUCAUUGUGAUCGUAGAUCGGCCAGCAGAAUGGCGUCCGUGAUUCUGUUUCUCACCGUAGUGGGAGUGAUUUUUGGACUGGCCAGCGCCGGGGUGGCCGAUAAUCGAGUGGACACGUUCGCUAAGCAACAGAAUGGAAGCUGCGAUUUGCCCGAAGCCCUGGUGAAGGAGAUCCGUGGCUAUCAACCGAUCGUAAACAAGAUUGUUGACAAGAUAGUGUAUGGCGAAUAUGCCGGCCGCACCUGGGACAGUCUGGCAGAGCUGGUGGAUACGUUCGGGGCACGCGUGGCCGGCAGCGAGCAGCUGGAGAAAGCCAUCGAUUAUGUGAUCGACAAAAUGCAGGCCGAUGGGCUGGAAAACGUACACACGGAGUCUGCGACCGUUCCGCACUGGGUACGGGGGUAUGAGAGUGCCGAGUUGGUGAAACCGUUCCGGAAGAAUCUUCCAUUGCUGGGGCUUGGCAGCAGCGUCGGUACACCGCGCGGAGGCAUCAUCGCCGAGGUGCUGGCCGUGGAAUCGUUCAAAGAAUUCGAAACCAUCCCGGCGGAGCAGGUGCGUGGAAAGAUUGUUGUUUUCUCGCCGGUAUGGGAGAGCUACGGUCGGACGGUGGUUUAUCGCAGUCAGGCAGCGUCGGUAGCAUCGCGCAAGGGAGCCGUGGCAGCGCUCGUCCGUUCGAUUACCCCGUUCUCGAUCGGCUCACCGCACACGGGCCAGCAGCAUUAUCAGGAUGAUGUGAAGAAGAUCCCCGUCGCUUGCAUCACUGUGGAGGACGCUCAGAUGCUGCUCCGUAAGUACCGCCGGGGUGAGCAGAUGGAGAUUCAUCUUGAGAUGGCCGACCGCCCGAUGGAUCCGGUUGUGUCGCGGAACACGAUCGGUGAGCUGAUUGGAACAACGUACACCGACACAUCGGUCGUUGUCGUCUCCGGGCAUUUGGACAGCUGGGAUGUUGGAGUUGGUGCGAUGGAUGACGGAGGUGGUGCCAUUAUCUCGUGGAAAGCCUUGACGUACCUGAUGGCGAUGGGGCUGCGGCCUCGCCGUACCAUUCGGGCCAUUCUUUGGACGGGCGAAGAGGAAGGGCUUUACGGUGGAGCAGCGUACAAGGAGGCACACAAACCGCAAGAGCAGAAGGAAUUUAAUUUCUUCUUCGAAUCGGACAUCGGCACAUUUGAGCCGCGGGGGCUGGACUUUGUCGGGAAUGCUGAUGCCGAAUGUAUCUUUCGAGAAAUCGUCAAACUGAUGGGUCCCUUGAACGCAACUGAGUUUGAAACUCCUACAGAUGGUGGGCCAGAUAUAAGCCACUGGACGACGCGCGGCUUCCCUGGAGCGUCCUUGUUGAACAAAAAUGAAAAAUACUUCUGUAACUGAAGUAUGCUUCCGGUCACAACUGAACUGUAAAAUCUGCUGAAAUGCUGCGCCACCGAGCUAUGAACAAUAUAAUUUAAAGACCUACAGUAAAUGGAUCUCUAACAAGUACAUGGUAGAAUUUAAAAACAGGUAACCUAAUGUUACGUGAUCGAAAAAAUAGUACAUCCCAAGAUUGUCCAUAGCUGCCGAGGGAGAAAUCAAGACUCUGUCCUCUUAAGUAAAACCUCUCCUCUCUGCUACCUGCUAAUGAGUCUAACUUAACUUAAGGAUAUGUUGUAAGUAUCUGUUUGUGUAUGUAUGCUUUCAUUUUGUGUUGCCCUUCUUCCCG